AAAGAAGAGAGAACACUGGGAUCACACAGAGAUCUUAGCCAAUAGACUUUUGAGCUACUCGAGGCAUUUCCAUGGCGGCGACGAUAGCUGUUUUUACCGGUGGUCUGAAAGUGAAGGCUGGAGUUCUCGCCGUUCAAAUCUCAUCGCUUCCUCUCCGCCGCGAAUUCCCUCGUUACUUGUCGUCUUCCUCGAGGAGGACAGUAGCGGCAAUCUCCUCGUCUCUUCGAGUCUCCGCCGUAUAUAACCAUCAGCAGCGUAAUCGAAGCUCUUGGCCUCGAGUUGCUACUUUCUGUACGGCGGCUCCAGAUGCCGGCACGACGGUUUCAGCGGAUGAAUCGGAGAAGAAGAGCGAAUCUCAGAAGGAAGAGGAGAAUGUGAAGGAGACGGCGAAUCUGUUAGAUAUAAAAGUAGGACGAAUUGUGAAAGCUUGGCAACACGAAGAAGCUGAUUCUCUGUAUGUUGAAGAAGUCGACAUCGGUGAAGCUGAGCCCAGAAUCAUCUGCAGUGGUCUCGUCAAAUAUGUUCCUCUUGAUCUCCUUCAGGGUGCAUCAGUGGUGGUGCUGGCUAAUCUGAAGCCGAGGAAUAUGAGAGGGGUUAAGUCAUGUGGUAUGCUUUUAGCUGCAUCUGACGCAGCUCAUGAAAAUGUUGAGCUUCUUGUUCCACCAGAAGGCUCUGUUCCUGGAGAUAGAGUUUGGUUUGGUAACGAAGAAGAUCUCGAGCAGCUUCCUGAACCUGCACCUCCUAAUAAGGUUCAAAAGAAGAAGAUGUGGGAAUUGGUGCAACCACUUUUGAAGACAGAUGCGUCUGGUGUUUCAAUGCUUAAGGAGCAUUUGAUGCGGACAUCUUCUGGUCUUGUUACUUCCAAGUCUUUAAGAAAUGCCAACAUUUCUUGAUUUCUGUUAAAAGCUAUUUUGUGAUGUUGUUUUGACACAAGAGAGAAAGAACAAACCGCUAAGGCGAUUUUUUUCAUUGCAAUCAAACUGAUGUUUUUGUUGAUUCAUCAAAGUAAGGUUAUUACGAAUCAAAAAUAACUUUAAAAGGUACAAAACAAAUCUCGAAAUCGAAUGUUUCCUCUUCGCCGGUGGUUUUCUCGGAGAUCAAGCAAAGACAGAGAAGAUAUCACCAUUGAUGUAAUUGUUGUCCACUAAGCUUACCAAAUAGUAGCUGUUCUUCACCU